AUGACGUCCCGCCGUCUCAGACACGAAGACUUUCAUGUCGGAUGGAUAUGUGCCCUCCCGCUCGAGCUGGCUGCCGCAGCAGAUAUGUUGGACGAAGAGUAUCAAGCCUUACCCGCAGAUUCCCGUGACUCCAAUGUAUACACCUUCGGCCGUAUCGCCGAGCAUAAUGUCGUGCUUGCGUGUCUCCCAGCCGGCCGGAUUGGCACCAACUCUGCCGCCGCGGUAGCCAUCCAGAUGAUCUCCAAAUUCCCGGCAAUCCGGUUUGGGCUAAUGGUAGGCAUCGGAGGCGGGGUGCCCAGCGGCGACUCAGACGUGCGGCUGGGGGAUGUGGUGGUCAGCCAACCGAAUGCUGGGCGCAGUGGAGUGAUUCAAUAUGAUCCUCGAAAGAUUAUACCGGGAGGGUACCGGCAAACAGGCUUUCUCAACAGCCCGCCGAGAGUGCUACUGAGCGCACUUGCGAAGCUGCAAGCUCAAUACCUCGGAGACAAAAGGAGUCAUGCAGGUUUCCUGGUCCGGAAUAGGCACAGACUAGAUUUCGCGGACGAUCCUAGUAAUCCUGAACAUGAUCUCCUGUUCGAGGCAAACUACACCCAUGUCGUCGAAGGGCAUACAUGUGACCAAUGCAACAAGGAGAAACUGGUGCCACGGCUUUCACGAGAACCUCCGGGUUCUAUGGUCCACUAUGGCACGAUAGCCUCUGGAAAUCAAGUUAUCAAAGACGGCGUCGCCAGAGACAAACUGAGCUCAGAACUUGGUGGUCCUCGUGCGGCAGCGACGGCAGCAGCAUUUGCCAAAGAGGUCCUGUCUGUCAUACCCCCGCUUGGAAGUGUCGAACCCGCCGCCGAUGUGUCCGGAUUACGGAUCGGAGAUGAACACCCAAGAAUUGCAGCAGAGCCCGUGAGCCAGUACCAGAAUAUUGCGUCAGAGUUCAUCAGGGAGAAUUUAAAUACUUUCUACGACCAAGAUCCCGCUUUUCGGGAGAUCCUGGCCCAAACAACCGCUGCUCGAGCGGUGGGAGCAACCGAGGAACUGGGAUUAAGCUCAGAAUUCACUCCCAAACUUACCAAGCUUGCACUGUAUGAUUUUGUUCUUUUAUGUGACGAUAGCACGUCCAUGAACAUAGGAAGCCGAAUAAGUGCCCUGCAAGAGACCGUCAAAAGUGUUGCAAAAUUCGCGACCAUUCUCGAACCGUCGGGGAUGUCUGUUCGAUUCAUCAACUUCAAGGAGGAUGGACAGUUCAAUAAUUUAACCGAUGUAGACGACAUCAUGCAAAAGGUCCAAAUGGUUGACUACAGCGGAAAUACAAGACUCGGACAACGGCUCAGGAUGAAAAUCGUUGACCCGAUGAUUUUGGAGAAGGCAGACACAAACAGUCUCAAAAAGCCCGUGAUUGUGGCCGUUGUUACUGACGGAGAGCCUACCGUCGAACCACCUACGACAUUAGGCGAGACCAUGAAAACGUGUAAGAACUGGCCAUCUGUCCGAAAACUCGGAGAAGCGGCCGUGGCAUUUCUCCUUUGCAGAGUUGGUGACAGCGUCCAGGCCGAAGCAUUUUUCCUGGGGCUGGAGAAGGAUCAGAAUUUGCGAGACGUAGUAUACGUCUCUCCAUAUAGGAUAGACGACGAACUUGCCAUAUUUCAGAGGUGUGGAGACGACGAGGGAUACCGUGCUUGGUUGAUCGACCUGUUCUACACUGCCCUAGACAGUGUGACCAGGUAG